CGUGCUGGAGAGAUUCGUUCCUACACACUCUCUCCGGUGUUGCACUGCACGGUAGUGGCCACUUGCUGAUUAGAAUAAUUCCAAUGAUAACAGUUUCUUUCUGAUCUACGAAUGAUUCAGAUCAUCCUCCCGCCACCACUAAUCGGACUAAUUUGAAGACCUGAGGAGAACCGAAAUCGCGACCCGUUGGAUAGUAGUUCUGCAAACGACGCGUGCGUCGGAUCGUGGACGACGUUUGGAAUUUGGAGGCCACUUUCGUACUGGAACGACGUUAGAACGACGGAAGUUAUCGAUCGCGAAACCGCGCAGUGAUCCAGUGGAAAGCUUCCGAGGUGUGUCGCCAAGCCCAAACAACAGCCAGUGAGACCAAAAGGAGAAAGAUUGUUACCUCGUUGAAGUGAAGCGGCUGCUGCACGGUAGUUCUUAUCACAGAAUACCGACUCGGGAGUUAGUGUGAUAAAUCGCGCGGCAUUAUUUGAAAGCGUCUUCCCUCGGAUUAUAAGUGAUAACGUAAUUGGUGUAAUGUAGUGCUCGCGAACAAGGAAAUGAAACGAAUCAAGCAACUGAAACGAGAACAGCAUCCAAAGUAACGCACCAAAACGAAAGUUAUAGGCCUCAACCCUACCGUGUUGAUUCGAUUUCGCAGCUCAUGAAAAGUAUUAUAGUGCCCAGUGUGAUUCAUGCAAUUGCAUACAACUAGUUUUAUAUGAAGAAACCCUCCAAACGGCGAAAGUUCAAACAUUAUGCGUGGCAGCAUAGUUGGAAUAGAGGAUGGCCUCAGCAAUCCCAAACCCGGAAACUGGCACGGGUUAUUAUUAGAACUGCUAGACAACCUAUACGCGUCGUUAAUCGUAGGACCCCUCGUGGUCGGUUACUGGCGGGCCACGUGGAAUCUCGCCGGCGAGUACAUCUAUCCUGAAGAUCUUCCAACUAGCUUACUAGUGUCGUUAUCCGUUGGAGUGGUAGGGCACCUCGUAUUCAACAUAUUCCAGGCGACCAUCCGACAGCACUUAAACGCCGACAAACAUCGAUUACUGUUCUUCGUUGGUUCGCGACUGUAUACGGAAAUUUACGGCACGAUAUGCGUGAACACUUGGCGAGGCGGAUGGGAGAUGAUUAAUCUCUACACAACACACGACGGGCUCUACGUCAUACUGAUAACGCUGGGAUGCGCACUCCUGUUGGCCAUGCUCAAAGGCCUCCGCAACGUCACAGCGUCACCGUUCGUUGUUGUCAACGAUUCCCGCCGAGAAUACUUUGACAUUCCAACUUAUUUUAAACUAACGGGUUCAAAAGAGCCGGGAUUGUACGUGCUAGACUGUAUGUUUUCAGUGCUUGUAAUCGGAUCGCUAGUGGUGUUUGUUUGGCGAGGCUUUUGGGUGCUCCUGGAUCUGAAUCUGUUUCCCGAGGAUCACGCUCUCUCUGCAUGGGCCUCAGUGUUGAUAGGUUAUGGCGUGACCGCGGUCACAUUCUCCCUCCAACCCUUGAUGCGGUGGGCCUGCAACCGGUUAACAGGCUUGUGGCGCGUGAUAGUCGCAGAUCUGUUCCUUUUCUUCAGCUUUAUUGGCACAAUCAACGUCUGGCGAGGCGUGUGGCAAUUGCUGGAUCAUUAUUUCCUACCAGAUGAUGUGCUAAUGAGUAACUGGAUAACUCAUGGCGUGUCACUAUUGUUGUUGAUUCUCUUGAACUGUUCCAAUUCAGUGCUAGUGCGGGGAGUUUAUAUUGACGCUGAAGAACCAGCUGGCCAAUGCGUCGUAUUCCCCGUUUAUUACAUUCGCUUGUUCUUCCAGAAGGAACGAACGAAAAAGCAGCGAAAGUUGCUGGAAUCUCUUGGAAGAGCCGAAUACAAUAACAUCACCAGCAAUUUGCUAGAGAGAAAGCCAAAUAAAACGGAGCAGAAUCAUCAGAUCAACCGAAACCUGGAAGCCGUGCCAUUAACGCUAAUCGAUAAUCCGAAGAAUAUCGGAGAUCACAAAACACACGACAAUCGGCAAUGACAACGUUUCUAAUUACGAACGGAACCGGCGCUUUUUGCACUCCAUUUGGAAAGAAAAUUAGAAACAGUUCAAACUUGUAUUUAAGAUAUGUUAAAAACAAACACAAUCGUAAAUGUUAGCAGCAAAAUUGUGUAGGUCUGCUUCGAAUUUCAACGAUUGGCUACUUGUGAGAAUUUUUACUCUUAAUUUGAGCGAUAGCAUUAGAUGUAAACUAACUAGCGAUAAGUAUUAUUACUUGUAAGAAUUCCAAACACAUCUCUGAAAAUGUAUAUAUAUGAUGUAGCAUGUUGAAAUCAUUCCAUUAAUUUAUGAAUACGUUUUCGUAUGUCCUUUAAUAAACAACGGUGACCUUAAA